GCAUGCGCGAAGAGCUCCGCCUUGUUCCACAGGGAUAAUCGGGUCGGUCGCUGGGAAACUUGGCCCGUCCAUGAACUGAACUCACAGCUUUUCCUGGGGUUUUCGGACUGUCCUCGGGAUGGACACUCAGAAAGAGGCCCUACAAAGGAUAAUCGCCACUCUAGCAAACAAGAAUGAAGAGCUCCACAAUUUUAUCGAAACGCUGAGUCACUUGUUGGCUGGAGUUCAGGUCAACUCCAGCCAGGUGGUGUCUGACUUGGAAGAGGAAUUCGACACAUUGUUCUCCAUCCUGGAGGAGUCCAAGGAGAGUAUGACCAACACCAUCAAACAGGAGCAGGCCAGGAAGUCACAUGAACUGCAGAAUCAGCUGACUCAGAGCACCAAUGCUCUGGAGAGUGCAGAGGAGCUGCUGGAGUUCGCAAACCACGCCCUGGAUAUCAAAGACGAGGAAGAAUUUACUAAGGCUGCCAAACAGAUCAAAGAUAGGGUAACAAUGGCUCCGGCCUUUCGCUUGACCAUGAAGCCCAAAGCCACAGACAACAUGACCCACCUGAUGGUGGAUUUCUCCCAAGAACGGCAGCUUCUCCAGGGCCUCCGCUUCCUUCCAGUUCCCAGAGCUCCAGAGAUCGAGGUGCAGGACUGCAUGGUGCUGGAUAACGCUGUGACGGUAGUGUGGAGGAUGCCGGUGGAGGACAGUAAGAUAGACCACUACAUACUAGAGUACAGAAAGACCAACCACGAGGGUCUACCAAGGGUUAAAGAUGAACGCUGCUGGGAGCUGGUGGACAACAUCAAGAGCACAGAACACACACUGACAGGGUUAAAAUUUGAUUCCAAAUUCAUGAACUUCCGGGUGCGGGCGUGUAACAAAGCAGCUGCUGGAGAUUACUCCGAUCCAGUCACUUUGGAAACCAGAGCCUUCAAUUUUGACUUUGACUCGUCGUCGUCUCACCUGAACCUGAAGGUGGAGGAGUGCAGCGUGGAGUGGGACCCUCAGGGAGGGAAAGGCCUGGACAGCAAGGUCAAAGGAAAGGAGAACAAGGGCAGCGCACACCUCACUAAUCUGAAGAACAUGACCAGAAGUGGAACGCCGUCUCCGAAAAGAGGCUCGACCACCCGCUCACCAGCUCCGAGAGGCCGGGACCGCUUUACUGGAGAAUCCUACACAGUACUGGGUGACACCAGUAUUGACUCAGGGCAGCACUACUGGGAGGUGAAGGCUCUGAAAGACUGUAAGUCCUACAGUGUCGGCGUGGCCUUCAAGAACCUGGGCAAGUUUGACCAGCUGGGCAAGACCAACACCACCUGGUGCAUCCACGUCAACAACUGGCUCCAAAACUCCUUCGCCGCCAAACACAACAACAAGGCCAAGAGCCUGGACGUGUCAGUACCCGAGAGGAUAGGAGUCUACUGUGACUUUGACGGAGGUCAGCUUUCGUUCUACAAUGCAGAAAGCAAACAGCUGCUUCACACGUUCAAGACGAAGUUCACUCAGCCUGUAGUACCGGCCUUUAUGGUGUGGUGUGGGGGCCUCAGUCUGUCGACAGGUUUACAGGUACCCAGUGCGGUUAGAAGCUUCCAGAAGACUGAAAACGGUCUGGGCGGAUCAAACAGCAGUCUGAACAGCAUGGCACACUAACACUGAAAAAAAAAAAAAAAAACUGUUGUGCUUUUAAAGCCACCCAGCGUGUGCUGAUGUAGAACCAGCUUCCCUGGUGUAACCUCCACAAACAGCCCAUAAACCUACACUCCAUGUCCUGCUUCCAGAAACGCACUUCCUGAGGAAUACAGCACCCACUUUUGGAAUACUGUGAGGGGUCAUAUGAAGUCCUGGAGUCACUGGCAGGAGCCAGAAAAAAAUACACACAUACACACUACUCCGCCUUCGUCUGCUCCAAUGAAGAUUAAAUAUAUUGUUAUACGUUGUGGGUAUAUUCCCAAAGUGCUUUGGGAUAUAUUUCCAAUAUAUUUCUUUUUUUUGUGUGUAUAGGUAUUCUAGGAGAAAUGCCUCUUUUUGUUUGUUGUUUGUUUGUUUUUGUUUGUUUUCUCUUUGUUUCUCGUUAUUUAACAGAUGUUUGCACCAGAAAUGCUAGUGGCUUUAUCAGGGAAUAGUCGAGUGCACUUUUUCCUUUACUAAUUUUAGGUUGAAUUUGUUAUGAUUUAUUUUGGACAAACUGUAAACUUCAUAGUUUUCUUUGGAACUGAAGACGCUGUCCUUUAUUGUUUUAUGAUUUGUCAAAUUAUUUUAUUGAAAAUGUAAAAUGUGUCGUUUGGUUUAGUUUGUUGUGUGGUUUAGUAUGUAUGUGUGUGUGAGUAUGACCUAUGAGUGUGAGUGGCUAUUACCUCUUGUCUGGUCCGGGUAUUUACUUUCAUUUUAUAUUACACCCUUAACAUUAAAGGUGCUACAAUGGGUUCUUUGAAUGAUGCCAUAGAAGAACCACUUUUGGUGCAUAAAGAACCAAGACUGCAAUGUUUUUAUGCUAACCAAUGCUCCAACUAACCAUUCAACCCACUACAGUAGAUAACCCACCACUAAACAAUUCAACUCAACAACCAACCAAUCAACCCACUUGAUAACAAACCACUAAACCAUUCUACUCAACAACUAACCAGUCAACUAACUAAGUAACCAACCAAACAACUAACCAACUCCCCAACCAAUCAACCAAACCAAUUUGUCAGCCUGCCAGCCUACUCACCAUUUAAUCAACCAAACAACAAGCCAGUCAUCCGAUGGAUGAUUCAAUUAACCCGUCUACAAACUAACCAACAAACCAACCACCCACUAACCAUCAAAACCUACCAACUAACCAACAAAUCUGCCUAUAAACCAAUCAUUCAACCAACCAGCUCGUCAACAAGCUAAACAACUCAGCAGCCAACCAAAUCAACAACUGACCAGUUAACCAAUGGAAUUCUAAACAACUAACAAACCAACCCAAAAUUUCACUUAUCAGUGUCACUGUUUUCUAAGUUUCAAGUUGAAAAUUUCAGCUUAAAACAUGCCCACAUAAAAAUGGGACACAUUUUGGUUAAAUUCACCAUAAACUCUGUCUGGUUGUCAAACCAGCUGUGAAAAAGCUCAAAGUCUUUAGAUAAUAGUUAAUAGUUGUUUGUAAAUCUUCUGAAAUUAUUUCAAAUAAUCAGAAUAUUUAACUCUAAUGCCGUCAACUGAGGCAUCGUGUCCUUUUUAUCUUCAGCAUCUGAUUUCUGAGGUAAGUGGAACCACAGCAUUGGACCUUUUUUUUUAAAUGUUUAAAAAUGCCAGAAAUGUUCUUCUGUGACAUCACUCAAAGAACCUUUUAGUAGCACCUUAAUGUUUUAAUUGUGUAAGUAUUUGUAAUAACUGUGGAAUUACACAUUAACCACCCUGUAAUAACAGUGUAACUACUCUCCUGGUAUUUACUGGAUCCACUUGUACAGAUAAAAUUUAUUUAGAAUUACAAAAUUAAACUUCGUAGGAUUGCAUGAAAUAAAAAAAAAUGACAAUGCAAUUUUAUUUUUGCAAAAUAUAUUGCAAUAUUAUAAAUGUAACAAUACAGAAAUUUUACCAGAUUUCUCAAAAAUUAAACGUCAUGAUUAUUAAUAAUAAACUUUGGAGUAAAAUAAAGUAUAUUUGGCAAAUGUAAGCUGCUUAUGGUAGACAAGUCAUGGUAAAUCAAAACAGUUUUAAAAAAUACUGUUAGAAAAUAAGAUUUUAGAAGAAACUGAACGCUGCACAUCAAUAUAUUGUGCGGUCCUAAUAGUAAAUACCUCACCAGUAGUUACAUUGUUGUUGCAUGUGUUAUUAAUGUGUAAUUACAUAUUUAUUAAAGGCACUUCAUAUAAAUUGGGGCCUAUAUUCUUCCUUGGACUCUCAAUAUCCUUAUCACCAUUUGAAAUAUGAACCCUGUAGUUUUUACUGCGGUAUGUGAAGUGGUACGGUGAGUGAAUAUGACUGUGGGAAACGUUUUUUUGCACGAUGUAAACAAUUUCAAUGCUGCUUCUUUAGUUUCCUGUUAAUACUGAGUCUACUUUAGUCCUGUCAACCAAAAAUACUGAACGUUUUCAGAACGUCGCCUCCUGGACCUGGACUCCAGACCGUUUUUCAUGAUGGCUAACCUGAAGGACAUUUUUUGUUUGUAUUUCUUUUUCUUUUCCUCAAUGCUUUUGAUUUAUUUUUAAAUCCUUCAAUUUAUGCGCAUAUCAGUAACCUUCAGGUCUGUCCAUUCAACAGUUUAUUGUUUUUUUUUUUUUUUAACGUCAUAUAUUCAGUUGUGCAAAACUGGAAAGUAAACUAGGUUUCAGCUCUUUA